CCGUAUUCAUCUGAACUUCCUGCUGGGCCUGUUCGCCGCAGUUGCGCAUGUCUCCUUGCCGUUCCGUCGAAACCCGACAUCGAGAAGGUCCUGAGCUCGGUCGGUAUCGAGGCCGACUCAACCCGAGUCACCAAGGUGGUCAACGAGCUGAAGGGCAAGUCCGUCGUGAAACUGAUCGCUAGUAGCGAUUCGCUACCCCGCGAGAAGCUCUCCUGGAUGCCGUCCGGUGGUGCUGCCCUGGCCGCUGCCGCCAAGGAGAAGAAUAGAGCACAAGAAGGAAAAGAGUUCGAAUCCGAGGAUGAUGACGACAUGGGAUUCGGUCUCUUUGAAUGAGGGAUUUCUUCGUGGCAACAUCGCCGGAUGGCUGCUGCCGGUUGCUUUGGCGUUUUAUCCACAAACAAAAAUUGUGCAUUUUUUGUAGUGCUUUUUUUAUUCAGCUGCAUGCAAUUGUUUGAUUUGAAACAUCAAAUAAAGAAUCUUCUGCUUGUGUUUAUGC